AUGCCAGGAAAGCAAGAGAGAAAAGAGAAGGAAAGAAAUGACGCUGGCAACAACAGUGCUGAAGGUACGCAACAUUCAAGAGAAGCAGAAUCAGCAGUUGGGACUGAAGCUACUGUUUUGGAACAUUUUCGUGGAAGAGGACGAGGAGGAAAUCGUCAGCCGGCUUUUUUCGGCCCAUUUGCGGAAUUCACCACACCACCACCUGCUACUUUUGAUAUACCACCACGUGUGUUACCUGCUCGUAUGUUCAAUGCUAAUGUGGUACCCCUUAGAGAUCGUGAUUCCCAUUUCAACAUGCAGUUUGCUCCGUUCCUCAACCGUUGUCAGCCUAAUCAAAAUGACAAUUCUCAUCCACAUCAGCAUGCGCUAGCAGGCUCUUCAAAUGACAGUGCUACAUCUUAUCCUUCUUCAUCGCAACUUCCGGCAUUUAAUUACAACAGAUCUGAUCACAGAACGUUUUACUGGAAUUCCACUCGUCAAGAGAUUCCUUUGGAGCGGCUUUCUGUUUUAAGCUUGGGCAGCAUAGGUAUGGUAGAAAACAAUUGUAUUGCUCGGCCGAGUUGCCGAACGAUUAGUUUCCAGCUGGUAGAAUUGUAUCAUAAGGCAGGAAAGCAGGAUAAAAGGAAAAAAACUGCAUCUUCAAGCAUAUAUGAAAACAAUGGGAAAACAGAUAAGAGCAGGUGGCCAGGAGAGAUGCUGAAAGCGCCCUUUGAGAAAAUGCUGAGAAAGUGGUGGCCACUGCCUCCUAUAUGGAGAGAAGCUCGUGAUUGCAAUUGA